UCUCGCCCGAGGCUUCCCUGCAAGGAUUCGGUGCCGCCAUGGGGACAGCCGCCCUGGACCUCCUCUGGACAGUCCUUCUGCUCCCUCUCUUGGUGUUUGGGGUCCCCACCGAGGAGCACACCUCCGGGGAAGCCCUGGCCUCCAGUCCCCCCGGGCGCUGCCGACGGUGCUGUGACUCUGAGGACCCCCUGGCCCCCGCCUAUGCUGCCGAUGAGUCCGCAGCCUCGCCAUCCUCCCUCCCGUACGUGUGGCCUGAGGUCAGGCCCUACAUUAACAUCACCAUCCUGAAGGGUGACAAAGGGGACCGGGGCCUGCUGGGCACACCUGGGAAGCUGGGCAAGGAGGGUCCCCGGGGAGAGCGAGGCCCCCAGGGCACCAAGGGUGACAAGGGGCAGGCGGGCAGCCCGGGCAGCCCGUGCCAGACUCGCUUCUCCGCCUUCUCCGUGGGCCGCAGAACGGCCCUGCACAGCAGCGAGGGCUUCCAGCCCCUGCCCUUCGACACGGUCUUCGUCAACCCGGACGGGCACUUCGACAUGGCCGCCGGCCACUUCGUGGCCCCGCUGGGCGGCCUCUACUUCUUCAGCCUCAACGUGCACAGCUGGAACUUCAAGGAGACCUACGUGCAUGUCAUGCACAACGAGGAGGCGGCCGUCAUCCUGUACGCGCAGCCCAGCGACCGCAGCAUCAUGCAGAGCCAGAGCGUGAUGCUGGCCCUGGCGCCCGGCGACCGCGUCUGGGCGCGGCUCUUCAAGCGCGAGCGGGAGAACGCCAUCUACAGCGACGACGUGGACAUCUACAUCACCUUCAGCGGCCACCUCAUCAAGCCCGAG